AUGGAGGAGCAAUACAUUUCCAAACUCCACCCGGUAGUGGAUUAUGGAGCUGGGGUCUUUCUUCUGAUCAUAGCCAUCCUGACAAUCGUUGGAAAUUCAGCCGUCCUUGCUACAGCUGUGAAACGCUCUUCCCUCCUGAAGUCACCAGAGCUGCUUACAGUCAACUUGGCGGUAGCAGAUAUUGGAAUGGCAAUCAGCCUGUAUCCGCUGGCCAUUGCGUCCGCCUGGAACCACGCUUGGCUGGGAGGAGAUGUGUCCUGCAUAUAUUACGCCCUGAUGGGUUUCCUUUUUGGUGUCUGCAGCAUGAUGACCCUGUGUGCCAUGGCCGUGAUUCGAUUCCUUGUUACCAAUUCAUCCAAAUCUAACAGUAACAAAAUCACCAAGAACACUGUUCGCGUCUUGAUUACUUUCAUCUGGCUCUACUCUCUGCUCUGGGCCAUUCUGCCCUUGGUAGGCUGGGGCUACUAUGGCCCUGAGCCAUUUGGCAUCUCUUGUACAAUAGCCUGGAGCAAGUUCCACCACUCCUCCAAUGGCUUUUCGUUCAUCCUGAGCAUGUUCCUCCUGUGCACAGUCCUGCCUGCACUGACCAUCGUUGCCUGUUACUUGGGAAUCGCCUGGAAGGUUCAUAAAGCAUACCAAGAGAUCCAGAAUAUUGACAGGAUCCCUAAUGCAGCUAAACUGGAGAAGAAGCUGACGUUGAUGGCUGUGCUCAUCUCGGUCGGGUUCCUGAGCUCGUGGACGCCGUAUGCAGCAGCCAGCUUCUGGUCCAUAUUUAACUCCAGCGAUUCCCUACAGCCCAUCGUUACGCUGCUGCCCUGUCUGUUUGCCAAAUCUUCAACAGCCUAUAACCCUUUUAUUUACUACAUCUUCAGCAAAACUUUCCGUCGUGAAAUUAAACAAUUGAAGUGUUGCUGUGGCUGGCGAGUUCAUUUCUUCAGCACCGACAACUCUGCUGAAAAUCCCGCGUUGAUGAUGUGGAGUGGGAGAGUCGACGUCCGUCUCUCUUCAGCUGCCAAGGUGGAGAACCAGGGAGCUGCAACUCGCUGAAAGGCAGCGAUGGUUUCACAACAUAGGUCGAAACUUGGGCUCACUCAUGGGUCCAAAUGAGGAGGAAUGCAGCACGUGGGGUUGCCACUGCAUAUCUUAUGUCAAAUACAGAGGUUUAAGUAUAUAUUUUUGAGCAACUCUCAAAUAUUGUCUUUAAGCUACACAACAACAACAAAAAAGCUAUUUUUUCCAAGAAUUUCCACUUUAGAGGAAAUAGAUAAAUUUAUGUACUAAACAUAAAAACAUGUAAACUAAACUUAUU